CUCCGCGAAGUCACAUAGCGUAUGUACAGUAUACACCUCUCGUCAACCUCCAUCCAUCCACUAACUUCUGAGAAGAUAGUUGUUGUAGAUGUCCUUCCCUCUAUGCGCUGUCCUCGUCCACAUCUUGUCGGUGUACGGGAAGUUUGGGACUUGUAUCCACCGAGCCCGGUCGUCUUGACGAUGUUUUCCGAAGCGGAAAGCAACAGAAAACGUGUGCGAGAACUGGUGGGCAAACCCGGAAAUGGAAAGUGCGCCGACUGCGGAGCUGCAGAUCCAGAGUGGGCAUCAUACACGUUGGGUGUGUUUGUGUGCCACAGCUGCUCUGGCCUCCAUAGAAACAUUGCACAGAUCAGUAAAGUCAAAUCUCUCUUGCUGGAUCCAUGGACCACCUCUCAACUGGAGUUUAUGGACUCUGUGGGUAACCACGCUGCCAAGGCCAAAUAUGAGCACACAGUGCCCGCCUUCUACUACCAGCCCACCCACAAAGAUUGUGCGCUCCUGCGAGAGCAGUGGAUUCGCGCCAAAUACGAGAGGAAGGAGUUCAUGCUCGGGGGGAAACAGGAGCCUUACUCAGCAGGCUACCGGGAGGGUUUUCUGUGGAAACGAGGAAGAGACAACGGACAGUACCUCAGCCGAAAAUUUAUUCUGUCGGAAGCAGAGGGGGUUUUGAAGUAUUUCACCAAGCAGGACGCCAGAGAGCCCAAGGGCGUAAUAAACAUCAGUACGGUGAACGCCACCUUCCAGCCGGCUAAGAUCGGCACAGCUCACGGCCUUCAGGUGACCUACCUGAAGGACAACAGCACUCGGAACAUCUUUGUUUACCACGAGGACGGCAAGGAAAUGGUGGACUGGUUCAAUGCCAUCAGAGCCGCCAGGUUUCACUACCUGCAGGUGGCCUUCCCAGGUGCUCCCACGGCUGACCUAGUGCCCAAGCUAACCAGGAACUACGUGAAGCAAGGAUUCAUGGAGAAGACGGGGCCAAAGCACACUGAAGGCUUCAAGAAGAGAUGGUUCACAAUGGAUGACAGGAGGCUGAUGUACUUCAAAGAUCCGCUGGACGCCUACGCACGAGGCGAAGUGUUCAUCGGCAGCAAGGAAAGCGGCUACAGCGUCCUCCCGGGACUCCCUGCGGGCGUCCAGAGCCACCACUGGCAAUCGGGAAUCACCAUCGUCACCCCGGACAGGAAGUUUCUUUUUGCGUGCGAGAGCGAAGAGGAUCAGAGCGAGUGGAUGGCUUCGUUCCAGACCGUCAUGGAGCGACCGAUGCUACCUCAGGAGUACGCAGUGGAGGCCUACUUUAAGCACAAACCGUGACCAAAGCAGGAUCUGUGCAGGAGGACCAGGCACACAAAGAAGCGUACUUUGAACAUCACACUAUGAGCAAGCAAGCGGACCUUUAAAUGAUGUAGUAUGUACGGGAUGUGAAGGUGAUCAUCUUUUCCUUUUGCUAUUAAAAAUGUACAAUUCCAUUGCAUGUUAUUUAUGCUUUGCUUCAGUAGGGGGAGCCAAACCUUCAGUUCUUAUUACUCCCUGGAAAUCAGGGGUGUCCGGACUUUUUCCACCAUGGGCCACAACUGAAAAAUGAAAAGAUGCGGGGGCCACUUUUACAUUUUCUAAAAUCAACCAUGCUGAGAUGUUUUUAGUAUGUAACUUUCUUCUUGCGUGUACUACAACACCUGCACCACCUGAACCAUGUUGUAGUCACUGUGUCACUGUGUACUCUUUACUUGCGUAUCUUGCUUGCUGCUGUAACAAGCGAAUUUCCCUGCUGUGGGAUAAAUAAAGUACAAUACAGGACAAUACAAUACAAUACACUACAAUACAAUACAAUACAGGACAAUACAAUACAAUACACUACAAUACAAUACAAUACACUACAAUAAAAUACACUACAAUACAAUACAAUACUAUCUUGGUAUAUGAGGACUUUAUUUUCAUAAUAUUUUGACUUUGUUAUAACAUUAUGUCCCCCCCACCCCCCAUUUUUGACAUAUUCUCGUCCUUCAUAUUUCAAGUGUAUAAUAUUUUUUCUCUUGCCAUUAUGACUUUCUUCUACUAGUAUUUCGUCUGUAUUUUCAUAUAUUUAAAAAGCGUAUUAUUGGUCCUUUUCACAUGACACUUUUUUGCACGUUUUUUGAUUGAAUGAUAUGAUUAAAUAUAUUAUUUAAAAAACUUCCUGUAAUUACACAUUUUCCAUUACAAAGUUUCCCGUUAAAAUUGAGAAUUAUUACGAGUAAAAAUGGGUUUUGUUUCCAGUUUAUCUGACGCCACUGCCAAAUCUAUACUUUUGAAACUGUCCCGGUGCAGAACCAGUACUUUUAAAAAACAAAAGUAAGUCGCAUGUAUUAUUUUAUGUUGUAUUAUUUUAUCUAUUCACUUUGCAUUUUUACUGAAUUCCUGAAAAAACAGUUUGACGCCCCUGCGUAAAACAUAUGGAAUCAAGUCUUGCUACCCAUCCCUACUUAGGAGUUCCAAAUUCCGCCCAUUCUAAUCAUCCCAGAAUCAAAAUGUUCAUCUUAUUCAGGAAAUGUUGGCGUGUUCUUUUCACAUUCCAUGAAUUCCUCAUUUCCAUGAAGAUAAAUUCUU